AUGUCAGAGCGUCGCGUUUUUUUCAAUGUGAAUGAACUUGGCCGUGUCGCCGCUGAGGCGGUGGGUGCAAAUAUGUGUGUGGGAGUUGAGAAGUAUCCUGAUGGAAUGUACAAUAAGUCCAUGCUCCUUACAAUGGAUGAUGGCAAUGAAGUUGUUGCAAAGAUCCCGAAUCCAAACGCCGGUCUUCCUCACUACACGACUGCGAGCGAAGUUGCUACAAUGGACUUCGUCCGCAACAUUCUUGGAACUCCCGUGCCUAGAGUAUUGGCAUGGAACUCAAGGGUAGAAGGAAACCCCGUGGGUGCACAAUACACCAUCAUGGAAAGGGUUCCUGGAGUUGAAUUAGAAAGCGUUUGGCCGACGAUGCCAAUCGAAGACAGGCUUUCAAUUGUCAAAGAAAUUGCAGGCUAUCAAAAGACUUGGGCGUCAACAUCAUUUACAAUGUACGGCAGCAUGUACUACGCAGCGGAUCUGGGCUCUGAAUACGCAACCAACAUGACCUAUACAGAUGGUCAAGGGAACGAGAUCGAAACCUCAAGAUUUGCAAUUGGUCUAUCAACUGGUAGGGAGCUGAUUGACAACAAGCGAUCAACAGUCGAGUUUGACCGAGGGCCCUGUAAGAUUAUCUGUCGGUUUGAAAGUACGUUGCUAACAUAUGUUCAACGGAGCAGUCUAGAAGACUAUCAUCUGGCAAUAGGACGCCGAGAAAUCGCGUCUGUGAAACAACUUCCCCAGCUUCCAAAAUCACCUAUAACACUUUGCGGACCAGGGACAUAUCAGCCAACAAAAGACAGAAAACUGAAGGCGCUGGAGUGUUAUCUACAGCUCAUCAAACACCUCCUCUCGCAAGACCAGAGCAUUGGAACCUCUCAUCUAUGGCACGGUGAUCUACAUGUUGCGAAUGUAUUCGUCAAUCCGUCCAAGCCAACCGAAAUUGUCGGUAUAAUUGACUGGCAAUCUACGGAGCUGGCACCGCUAUAUUUCCACACCCGCCAACCUCAAUUCCUCGACUUUGAAGGCCCGCAGGUGGAAGGUCUGGAAAGACCGAGAUUACCUAAAGACAUAGAAUCCAUGGAGGAGAGAGAACAGAAGCGAAGGCGAAACCUCCACAUGGAUCAGAUGCUUUAG